AUGCAACAGUUGAGGAGCAGUCAUUUCUAAUUAGGUCAAACUGAUUAAAGUAUAAUGUUAAUACUAUAUACACUUAGAAAAUCAGUUCACUUCAACAAUGAAAAUGAAUUUCAAAGGGGAUAAAGUAAAUGAUUAAGCCACUGGAGUUGGAGAUUAAUUGAAUUUAAGAGGAGUUCAUUUUCAUUUAGGAGAGUCAAAACGUAUUAUUUGAAUUCCUAUUUUAGCUUCCUAUAACACAAUUUUUAAGACUGAUUUUUAAGGUAAACAAAUAGGUGAACCUGCUACCUUGAAUGAAGAAAAAAAAAAUGACUUAAGAACAAAUCAUUUUGUACUUGGUCAUCAAUAGGCUUAACAAGUAUCAAUUACAAGAGCAACAUAUAAUGAAAAACCACUCCAACCAGGAUUAUAAAAUGAAUAAGAAAGUAAAAUGCAUAUAUCCUAAAUAUGAGUACAAAAAAAUAAAAUGAGAUCACAUCAUCAUAAUUUCGCUGAAAGUUCUCAUAAAAUGAUGCAAACUAAUUAUAACUAAUAAUAUCAACCUCAACAAUUAGAACCAAAAUAAGAUUUAGCUGAAAGAGCAAGAUAGUUAAGGGUUUCCAAUAUAUUUCUAGGAAAGGAGGUAAUUUAAACCAUAAAAUAUUUUAUUAGUAAGUUCCCAUGAUUACAGCUUAACAAGAAGACUACAGUAAGAAGGAGGGUGGAGCUUAAGCUUCAUUUAAACCAGGAUUUUAAUCAACUCAUUUUAAUUUUGGUAAUGCUAAUCCUGAUUUUAAAACAAUGAAUCAAGAAUUCUUUCAUCAAUAAGAAAUAACAUCAAAUCCAUUUGCAGAAGAAAAUAGAUAAAAUUUAAGAGGUUAUAUUAUUUUAAAUUGUUUUAGCAACUCAUUUUACUCUUGGAAAAGAUAAUUAACCAUAUUAAUCUGAAUAAAUGUCACAUUUCAGACCACAUUCAGAAAAUAAAAUUAAUUAUAUUAAUAAUACUGCUGCUUUAUAAGGAAGUCAUUUUACUAUUGGAGAUCCAAGAUUUAUGAAUCAUAAAACUUAAACUUUCUAUAAUUCAACUAUGAAACCACCUGAAUAAUAAUAACAUUCAUAAGCAAGAGAUUAAUAAAUGGAUAGAGGAUCUAAUUUUAAAGUUGGAACAGAUAAUAAAUAAUAUAGAUCAGAAAUGCAAUCAAAGUAAUAUAAUUUUAUGAAUAUUUAAGUUUUAAAAAUCCAUCAGGAUAACCAGCUUAAUUGUCUGAUAAAUUAUUAAAAGAUUUAAGAUCUUCUCAUUUUGGAUUGAAUGAUAAUUUUAGUAAAAAUACCUUUAUGACAACUAAAUAAAUGGAAGCAUUGAAUCAAUAAUAAGGAUAACCAAAUAAGUUAGAUCCAUAAGCUAGUGCUAAUUUAAGAUCUCAUCAUUUUAAUCUUGGUUAAACAAAAGGAGAUUUAAUUUCAUAAACACAUGAUAUACAUCGACCAUUAAUAGGAAAACCUAAUACAUUAAAUUAAUAGUAAGCAAAUAAUCUAAGAAAACAUCAUUUUGCAUUAUCAUGA